AUGCGAGCGACGUCGCGGCUUUUCGCAACCGUCAAAUCAGCCUCGAAAUACCUUGAACCCAAUACGCCCACAGGCCUAACAGGUCUCACAACACACCCUUCCCCCCGUCCUGCCCUCAUCUACACCUACCGGCAGACCCUCAAUAAACUCGCUCAACUGCCCAAAAGCUCCGUUUACCGCCAAUCCACCGAGGCUCUCACAAAACAACGCCUGCAGAUCAUCGAGUCUACAAAGCCAGAAGGAUACGAGCAAUGGCUGGAACGAGUGCGCAAGCAGAUUGAAGCCAGUCCUGCGGCCUUUAGUAAACUGCUGAAUGAAGACGGAUCGUUGGGUAGCGAGAAACUGCAUGUGGAGCCCGUGGAUAAUUGGGACGGCAAGAUCUCAAGACAAGAUGCAAAGUAUGAGGGACCAAAUACGAUGGCCCAGGCAGAGGCGAAAGUAAGAGCUGUCAGUGACGAAGUGCAAGAAAAGGACCUGGAGGACAAGCAAGGGCAUCAGCCAACUGUAGAGGACCUGGAGGUGGAACCACCGUUGACGCGAGAGCAGAUCGAGGGAAUCGAGCAAAAGAUUGGUGCUGGACUGAUUGAAGAGGUCAUCCAAGUUGCCGAGGGAGAGCUGGAACUGGUGGCUGAGAUGCUACGACAUCAAGUAUGGGAAGAUCUGGAAGAACAUACCCCGACGGGUCAAUGGGUGUACUUUGAGCGUGCGGAUAGAGUCUAA